ACAACUCCUGCAUGCAGACGAUCCGAGACAGCCUCCAAUAGGGGUUUUUCGCUAUCUUUUUUUAUUCUAACUGUACUUGAUGAAGAUAUUUAUGAUUGGUGACAUGGACCAUUAAAUUCAAACAGUUCAACAUGUCAAGUCUUUUUUCUAAAGUUGCUUUCUACCCAACCUUGGUUUAUAACAUCUUUUUAUCCAAGGUCACUAGUAGGAAUUGGUAUGACCGUAUUGAUGAAACAGUUCUACUAGGUGCUCUACCACUCAGAGGAAUCACCAAACAGUUGGUGGAGGAAGAGAAUGUACGGGGCCUGGUAUCUAUGACAGAGGAUUUUGAGAUGAGCCAGUUUGUGAAUUCUGAGGAAGAGUGGUUAAAUGUGGGCAUUAAACAACUUCGACUACAGACAGUUGAUUAUGUGGGAACUCCUUCACAGGAAAACAUUCACCGAGCUGUCAACUUUAUCCUACAGCACAGAGAGCGUCGAGAGAGUGUUUAUGUCCAUUGUAAGGCAGGCCGCACCAGGAGUGCUACAAUAGUUGCCUGUUAUCUCAUCAAGAUAAAUGGAUGGACACCAGAAGAAGCUGUAGAAUUCAUAAAAACGAAGCGGAGUCAUAUAUGGUUACGGGAUAAACAGCUGAAAUCAAUUGACGAUUAUUACUCGAACUGGAAAGAUUUCAAACCAGUAGAUGGAGCCUGAAAAUCAAUCAACAGUGUUUGUUAUGUUCUAGUGAAUAUGCUUAGAUUUGCUGGCAAUUAAACAAAGCUUUUAUUUUAUUCAUCCAUGUCACUGUGAAGAUGGGUUGAAUUGAGUUAUGAAUACAUUGACAUCCAAAGUAUUGGUAUCUAUGUUGGACCUGUGAUGACCUGCCAUAUACAGCAUGUGUUCAUGUUUGGGCUGGUCCCGUCCCUUAGGAGGGUCAAUUCAUGUUCAAAACAUGAGUAAAGAUACAAACCUUUACCAAAGUAUGAUACUCACUGGAAGGUGAAUCAUUGAGAAUUGCCUAUUUACAAGCAUUUUAUAUUCAAAGCAUGCUUUAGUGAUCUUGUAAGGGUUAUCUCCCUUUAAGCUUUGCUACAUAAACUAUUAAAUCUCAAUACUUGUAUUCCUGUCUUUUGAA